UUGACUAAAAUUUCGAACAUCGUCGUUCUUAUCAGUCGUUUGUAACCGUUAAAAAUUGUAAAUUUAUCGUAGUAUAGUCACUAUAAUAUAAUAUUGUACAUUACUAAUUCMUGGCGAUUACCGUCUUGCCGAUUAGGAUCUCGUUUGCUUGUGAUAUUAUAUUGAUCAGGUUUUAGACGUAUUCUUUAAUGUUUAAUCUAUGAUAUUUAUAUUGCCUGUUCGCGGUUGUCUGUAAAAACAAAAUUAUAAUGCCGUACGCCCGCACUCGUUACUCGUUAGUACAUACCUACUUAGUAUUCUUCAAUCGUACGGAUAUUUGAAUAUCGUGUUUUUUCAUGUCCAAUGGUCACUGCGUCUUCACUCUUCAAUCUAGUCGUACCUAAAUAAUUGUAAUAUCCGAUCUUGGAUAUCGAACCCUACCGGACGUGGACUAAUCGAACAAGAGGUACUUUGAUUACAGAUAUUGAUCCAUUUGGCGGCCGCGAACCUGACAGCCGGUAGUUUUUUCAUAACGUUUUUCGUCCCACUCGUCCGCAAGCAGUGAUCACUCGUAGACUAUUAGUUACCAGWUAGGUGUCCAUUUUGGUGGCUCGGUGAGUUUCAAAUCGUUUUGGUUUACUACAUAGGUACACACAAUGACUAGAAUAUUGACAACCGUGUCAGAUGUGUAUGAUCGCAUGUCAGAAUCUUUGAACAGCUACAACAACGUCAAGUAUAUGCCGUAUCGUAUUGCUCUGAAAUUGACUGUCUUGCAAAAAUACACUAGCUUGGAUAAAGUAUCAUUAUAUGUAAUAAAUGGUGUUUAUGAACAGCAUAAAGGAAAAAACCUAAAUCUCAUUGAUAAGGUUAUGUUAGAUGAUAUUGUAUCUGAUAUCUAUUUUGCGGUUCAAAAGGAGCACUCAGAUUUAACCUUUGAUGGAGAAAUAGUAUCUAAAGUUUUAGUUCAGUUGUUGGGUCAAAUAUUUUCAAAGUAUACAAAUAAACAAAUCAACUUAAGAUCUGCACUGAAUGUCAUAGCUUGUUUAUCAUGUGAUAGACUUCGUGUACGAUUGGGUUAUAUGUUCCAGUUAAAUUGCCUUAACAAUGAACUUGGAUUAACAAAAGAAUGUUUUAGAAAUUUUUUAAGGGAUCUCAGUUUAUUACUAAACUUUUUAUCAGAAAACAGUGUAUUUGAGUCCUCUUCCAUUAACAACAUUAUUGUUAAUUGCUUCCAAAAUUUAAACAACCCAAAUUAUAUGACUGAAGCAGAAUUUAUGCAGUGGUUUAUGACUGAGCCACCAGUAUUAGAAUGGUUACAAAUAUUGUAUAGAAUAAAAAUGGCAGAAAAUGUCAACCAUGAAGUGAACUGUAAAGUUUGCAAAUUACCUGUGAAAGGUUUGCGCUAUUUUUGUCUAAAAUGUGUAAAUUACAAUCAAUGCCAAAACUGUUUUCUGAUUGGUGCUACUAACAAAAAACAUAAAUUAAAACAUGCUAUGCAAGAAUAUUGCUGGCUGGUUUGUAUUAUACAUUACAUUUUCCUAAAAGAAACCUUCAUUCGGCUGAAUACUAUGUCAAUCAAUCAGCUACAUAUAUGUGCUAAAGAAUUCAGUAGUAUCUCAAUUGAUUCCAUCACAGUUAAAUCACCUCGUCAAGAAUUGCAGAGUGUUAUAUCACAAAUAGAAAGAGAAAAUAGACUGUUGGAGAUUGAAGUCAAUACGCUGAAACGAGGGGAUUCUCAGUUUGAAGCGUUUUUAGACCAACACCGUAGCAAAAUCGAAAGACAGUUGAUACGUCUAAAACAAUUAAAGAACCAUUUGAGYGGUACAUUCGGACGCGGAAAGAUGAAGCGUAUGCAGAGCACGCCGCUGAUCGUGUCGAGACUGGACCGUAAAGAUGACGGAAUCGCCGCGGUCAAUCUGAGUCCGAUAUUUUCUGCCGAGGCAUCGUCACGCGCCACGCACAGCUGUACUGGUCUGGAUGCACUCAGCACGUUGUAUGGCGAGAAGACGGCUGCACAAGGUUUGGCCGCCGAACCGAACGAGUUUUCUUACUGGUUGGGCCCGAAAAUUGCCACCGCCAAUAACCGAGAAUUGGACGGGACUUAUAUCGAAAAACCUGACCAAACCGACAAAGAAAACGACGCUGCUGUUUCCGUCGCUGUGUCGGCCAGAUCCGAGCCUGAACCGCCAUCGUCGGUCUUAUCCGACAUCCUGAAUAAGCCGUCUGGUGGUGGCGGCGGGCCCAAGUCUCCUGACAAAAUUUCCAUUACGGUCAACAAACAGUCGUCGGUGUGGCUCAACGCCAGCAGAGACUAUGCCAGAGAACCAACUGACGACAAGGACAUGGACGAAUUGCACACCGAACUAGAUAAGAUUUUGGACCAGUUACAGAAACUCGUGACUUAGAUUAAAAAAAAAAAAAACGACUAGCGUUUAUUUUUUCCUAUUAAAUUUAAUUCUGCACUCUAU